AUGAGCAGUGAAUUGAUAAUUUUCGGACGUAAAAUAAACAGGAACCACUUUGGUGCUGGAUUAAUAUUUCUUGGUCUACUCUCCACGGCACUUUUAAUUACUGUUAUUGUUCAAGCGACAAAUCAUAAAAAAAAUAACAAUGACAAUGGUAGUAGCGAUGUCAAUCAAUACUGUCAGAAUCGAGGAUGUCUCUCAGCAGCAACGCAUCAACUAAGAUCAUUGGAUAAGGCAGCGUCUGCUGAUCGUUGUACAGAUUUUUACAAAUAUGCAUGUGGUGUUUGGCAGCAAACUCAUCCAAUCGAAUCAUUUGAAACCGAACGCACCGUACUUGGGGAUAUCAUUAAUCGGCGUAAUGCAGAUAUUGAACGUCUUCUUGAUUCGCCUGUUUCUCGUGGAUCUCCAAUAAGUUGGGAAUGGAAAGUUAAAACCUAUUAUACAGAAUGUGUUGAUGAUUAUGCACGUAAUGGUGAUAGUGGUAAAGCAAUGGUAGAUUUAAUAAAAGAUAAUGAUACAAUCGAUGGUUGGUUUCUUUUUGAUAAUAGUGCCGAAGGUGCUAGUCAAGAAUUUUUAUUAAAAACUCAAACUGUUCCUAAACAAAUGUCACAUAUUCACGGGGAUCUUGGUGCUAGUGUUAUAUUUGGCUUAGGAGUCAAAUUCGAUGAUACAAAUUCAAAUGCUAAACGUCUUGAAGUGUACCCAUCGGGUUUAACACUAGAAGUAAAUGAUUAUAUUGGCAUUGAUGAUAAUGCAAAUAGACGUCGUUCUGCUUAUAAAGCAUAUAUGUUGGACAUAUUAACUGCUCUUGCUCAAGAUGAUGAAAUCAAGGAUGGAAAUCUUUUUGAUCGUAUUUAUACAAUUAUUGAUGAUAUAAUGGAUAUUGAAACACGCUUAGCCAUAAGUCGCCAACGUAGUAUCGACAACGGUGAUCGGCCAGUGUCAAUAACUUUUAAAGCAAUGUCAGACCGAUAUUCAUUUGAUUUUGUUGAAUUAAUGACUCACGAAUUAGGCGAUCCAACUUUAGUAUCAGGUGUAACACUUGUUUACCUUGCAAAUCAAAUGUAUUUUGAUGAUGCAUUUGAAUUAUUAGCAAAAAAUGAUGAUCCGGAAUAUGCUCGACGUAUUCAUAAUUAUAUGCGAUGGAGACUUGUUCAAUCAUAUAUCGAAGAUCUUUCAUAUAGUUAUAUUCAUGCCUAUCGAGUAUUUCGUGAUAAAUAUUAUAACUAUGCAAUACAUGCAACAAACGAAGCUUAUUGUACACGUGAAGUGGAACGAAGAUUUCCGCUUGCUAUUCAACGUUUAUAUACGAUGGACUCACCUGCACGUAUGGACACUAUUGAAACUGUUCAAAAACUGUUUGAUGCUUUAAAAACUGCAUUUAUCAAUUAUGUUAACGCAAAAGCAACAUGGAUGACUGAUGAAAUAACAAAGAGAGUAGCACGAGAAAAAAUCGAUGCACUCACAGUUGCUAUUGGUUAUGCUAGUAUUGCUUCGAAUGAUUCACGUCUUGACGAAUAUUAUGCACGAUUUGCUGUCAGUGAUAAAUCUCAUUUGGAAAAUGCAUAUAGUUAUCAUCAAUUUCGUAGUUGGGCUAUCGGAAAUUCACUGCAAAAUCCCGGCCAACUUGACCAUUGGGAUUUUUUUGAAACACGAACAAAUCGGCUCUAUGAUUAUAUUGCAAUAUUUAAUCGACUAUUUGUUAUUGCAAGUGUUAUGAAUGAACCACUUGUUAAUACUGAAUGGCCAUGGGCUAUGAAUAUGGGUUCAUUAGGUGUUCUACUUGCAGAAAAACUUUUCUCUAGUAUCGAUGGACCAGAAGGUCGUGUAUAUUCAGCUACUGGAACACUAAUACCUGAUUGGUGGUCAGUACAAACAGCCAACGCAUAUAAUAAAAGUCGCCAAUGUAUAACUGAUUAUUAUGUACGUGAAAUAAAAACGCUUUCAUUUAAUAUCUAUGGCAUAGAAGUGUUAGUUCAACUUGCCGGUGAACCAUUUUCUCCAACAACUCUUCGACAUAUUGGUGCUCUUCGUUUUGCAUAUAUGGCAUUCAAAGAUAAGGAUGAUUUAAAAUCAUUGACUAUGCCUGCUACAAAUCUAACAAGUGAACAAACAUUUUUUCUUGCCUAUGCUCAAACACAAUGUUAUCAACGUGCAGAUUUAUUACAAAUAUUACGAACACAAUUAGGUGUGUAUGAUGAACGAUUAGCAUUAAAUACUGCACUUCUCCACAUGCCAGAAUUUGCUUCUGCAUUUAAAUGUGAACCAAGAGAUGAUACAUGUUUUUGA